AUGACGCCCACGAUCAUUUUCAUUUUCUGAUUUCCACACAGAGAGAGAAAGAGAGAGAGACACACACACACAGAGAAGCCAUAGCAAUAAUUUUUUAGUGAGUAAAAGUGGGAAUCUUUGUCAUGGGCACUGACAAAACUGUCCCCGGUGGAUGUGGAGACGACGGUGGUGGUGAUGAAGGUGUAGUGUUGGUGGUGGGAGUGAAACUUGAUGGACAAAGUAGAGAACUUUUGACAUGGUCACUUGUGAAAAUGGCACAGCCUGGUGACCGUGUAAUUGCGCUUCAUGUUCUUGAUUCUGGAACUGGUAAUGUUAACAGUGGUAAAGAAUGUGUGGCAGGGACUGGAUCAGUUUUGUCAUUAGUGAAGACAUUUGAUUCAUUGCUGGCUGUCUAUGAAGGUUUUUGCAACUUAAAGCAGGUAGAUUUGAAGCUAAAAGUGUGUAGAGGUGAAUCGGUGAGGAAAAUUCUGGUAAAGGAAGCAAAGGCAAGUAAUGUUGCUAAGCUGAUUGUGGGAACUUCCAAGACACGUCAGAAGCUCAACUCUUCAACCUCAACAGCAAAGUAUUGUGCUAAAAAAUUGUCGAAAGGUUGUUCUGUCUACGCAGUUAGGAGUGGCAAAAUUUUGUUCCAGAGAGAAGCAACAGUUGCAAGUAAUGAUCCUUUUCAAGAGAAAUUGAACCAAGAAAGUCGAAAUCGCUCACAAAAAUCUCAGAAUAAGAAUUCUCCAAAUCGUACUCCGCCAUUGCUAUUGCCGGAUGAUUCUGGAACACACGUAUUGGAGGAGUCAUGUUGGGAUGGCAAUGAUGAUAACUCAUGGGCUUUGGUACCAAUUCAAACGAGUAAGACACCGUCGGAUUCAGAUUCCAAUUUGAGUGAAGCAUUGGAGUCAAAACAGGGUUGGUCAUUUCUUCGCCGGGUACUUUUCCCUAAGCAGCAGCACUCGGAGAAAGCUCAUGUGAAAAGGCUGUCUGUGGUUAAAUGGGUAUUUAGGAUACCCACCCGAAAUUCUUCAUCUGUGGUACAUCCAGAUCAAAAACAGAAUAUUUCACUAGCAGAUGCAGAUCAGAACUCCAAUUUAGAAGUCGAGAAUUAUGCAAUCGUGCCAGUGGGGCCUGAGGUUGCUUGGACUCCCAUUUCACCAUGCCAUGACUUGAAUGGCAUCCCGGAAGAGUUGAAAAAUCUAUGCGAGAGAUACUCAUCAUCAUGUAGAUUAUUCAGCUAUGAGGAACUUGCAUUGGCCACCUCAAACUUCAUUCCUGAGAAUAUGAUAGGCAAGGGUGGUAGCAGUCAUGUUUACAAAGGUUGCCUUCCUGACGGAAAGGAAUUGGCAGUGAAAAUCUUAAAGCCAUCUGAAGAUGUAUUAAAAGAGUUUAUUGCGGAAAUUGAGAUGAUUACAACUUUACAUCACAAGAACAUAAUCUCUCUAUUCGGAUUCUGUUUUGAGCAAAACAAAUUACUCCUGGUUUAUGACCUUUUAUCAAGAGGAAGCCUGGAAGAGAAUCUACAUGGUAACAUGAAAGAUGUGAAUGCACUUGGUUGGCAAGAGAGAUACAAGGUGGCUGUGGGUGUAGCAGAGGCACUUGAUUACUUACAUAAUUGCUGUGAUGAGCCUGUGAUCCACAAGGAUGUAAAAUCUUCAAACAUACUUUUAUCAGAUGAUUUUGAGCCACAGCUGUCAGAUUUUGGGCUGGCUUGCUGGGCUUCUACUUCUUGCCAUACAACGUGCACUGAUGUUGCAGGAACCUUUGGCUACUUGGCUCCAGAGUAUUUCAUGCAUGGCAAAGUAAGUGAUAAAGUUGAUGUAUUUGCAUUUGGAGUUGUGCUCCUCGAGCUUCUUUCCGGUAGAAAGCCAAUUAACAGUGAACAUCCAAAAGGCCAGGAGAGCCUUGUCAUGUGGGCGAAGCCAAUUCUUGAGGGUGGUAAAGUUUCCCAAUUGCUUCCGCGUCUAGGUGGUGAAUAUGAUGAUGAUCACAUCGAAAGAAUGGUAUUAGCUGCAACCCUUUGCCUCAGACGUUCACCUAAAUGGAGACCACAAAUGAGCCUUGUUCUGAAGCUCCUCCAAGGAGACGAGGAAGUCAAGAAUUGGGCAAGGCAUCAAGUUUGUGCAUCAGAAGAACAUGAUGCCAUGGACGGGGAAACAUUUCCUAGCAAUAUCCAAUCCCAUCUUAAUCUUGCAUUACUAGAUUUAGAGGAUGAUUCCCUUUCUAUUAGCAGCACCGAGCAAGGUGUCUCAAUAGAAGAUUACUUGCAAGGGAGAUGGAGCCGCACAUCAAGCUUCCACUAACCAUAGACCAGUGGAAAGCAAUGUGCAAGUAUAUCUCAUUUUGUGCCAACUUUUCAAUGUAUAAGGGCUUGUAUUGGUUCAUCUUUUCAGAUUCUUUUCUUGGUUCAAUCCACUGGUGAGGUCUUGGAAGAGAGGUUUUGUGCAAGAGGUUUGCCUCCGCCUAGGCUAAAAAGUUAUUUUACUGUGUAUGGACUGGUUUUGUCUCCAAUCCUUGGUCAUUGCUUAAUGUAGUUUAGAAAAUGAUUUAGCAUAUAGCAAAACUCCCACCUGAAUAUUAGGGGUGAAUAUGGACAGUAAAGCCUCUCUUCAAUUAUAAGCUGUACCCGAAGACGAGUGUCUUUGCUUUCUUGCAUCACAUAGUGGUGCUAAAAAUAUCUUCUGCAGGACUUCAUUAUUUGUAUGGAAGUGCAGCGGAGAUUCCUUCUGUUCUUCUGACUCUGAAACACUUGUUUGGGUUGGCUGGUGUUGUCCCUUGAAGAUGAAAAAGCUUAACCUUUAUUA